CCGCAAUCACUACUUCUCACAUUCUCACAUAGAAAUGGCUUCUAUUACCAACAUGUACUUCCCAUAUUUCCCUCUGCCACCACCCCAUGGUCCUCCAUCACGUCCAAAAAUGCCACCACCUAAUAACCAUCCUUCCCCUCCAAGGCCAACACCGCCUUAUAAACCUCCGACUCCUCCAAACGUGGCACCACCUCAUUUUACUCCAGCCCCUCCAAAAGUUGCACCACCCCAUUAUAUUCCAACCCCUCCCAAAGUGCAACCACCUCCAAUGCCCCAUUCUCCCCAAAAGUACCAACAUCUCCCAACGUCCCGUCCCCUUCAAAACCAAAAGUCCCUCCACCGGCACCACAUAAUCCAUUACACCACCACAACCACAUCCAGUUCCAGCACCACCCCAUUAUAUUCCAACCCCUCCCAAAGUGCAACCACCUCCAAAUGCCCCAUCCUCCCAAAAGUACCACCGUCUCCCACAGUCCCGUCCCUUCAAAACCAAAGUCCUCCGCCGGCACCACAUAAUCCCAUUACACCACCACAACCACAUCCAGUUCCAGCACCACCCCCACAUCAUCCAUUCUAUCCAUCACCACCUGCAGCAAAACCACCUCCCCAUCCCCUUCCACCUCCCUCUCCUAUUGUGACACCACCACCUCAUAUGAUUCCACCUCCACCACCACCAGCCCCCGGACAUCAUUCAACUGUAAUAAUCGUUGUCUUUGUUUCUCUUGGCGGUCUAUUCUUCCUUGCAUUCCUGUCAGUUGCUCUAUGCUGCUUCAUUAAAAAGAGAAAGAAGAAAAUGGUUGAGAAAACAGAAAUAAUAAGCAUAGAUGAACAUGUCAAAGUCCAGGAAGCCAUUAUACCAGGCCCUCAUGGUGAACAAAACGCUGUAUUGCUAAUAGAAGAGGAUGUUCAUAUUGAAGAAGAAAUCAAGAAAAACAAAAAGAUCAGUGAAGGAUCACAUCUUAAAUCUUCACAAGAUAUUUCUCAAGCUUCAGAUAUGGCAGCAGAUCCUCCUGGCCCCAAUCAUCAUCACCUUCUUGAGCAUAAGGCUGAUUGAGUGGUGAAAAUGAAUGGCAUCAGCAGCAAACUGAGAGGUGCUUAUGCUUCAUAUAAUAAUCCUGCUCUGUUAAGGCAUGGAAUAUUUUUAUUCUUCCCCUAUUCCUUUGUCAAAAGUGUUUCUGAAGGAAUAAAAAGCUACUAAUACUUAU